CCGCUACCCUAGCGGCUACCAUCGCCUUGUACCGGAGCCGCUCUUAAAGGGGCCAUGCACCGUGAGAAUGCCCCGGCACCCAGCGGGGGGUGAGACAGCGGGCCAGGGCAUGGGGAGGAGGCUAAAAGAGAUGGGGAAAAUGCCACACGGGCACCUGUCACUAGGGGCAGCAACAGAGGGAGGGGGGCAAGUGCAUAACUGGGAUCAAUGUGUAUAUACAAAUUAAAUUCACCCUGGCGUUUAUUCCCUUGGCACAGUUUGGUGCCCCCGGUAUUCUGUAUGUGUGAGUGUUGGCAUUAUUCCCUGUCUGACAUGGGCUACACGUUGGGCUGUCUAUGUGCCCGGCACUCGCUUUCUGUCUGGGCUUGUUGUGCCCCCCCUUAGUCAGUUUAGUGCUGCCAUAAGUACCGGGCUGAGGGGAAUUAUUACUAUAAGUGUCAUGCUGUUUGUGAUUGUUCCAUAUUGUGUGUGUGUCUGGGGGCCCCACAGCCAAUCAGAGACAGGAAGAGAUGCCAUAGUGUAACUCCGAGUUCCUUUCAACUUCAUUCCCCUGGAAAGGAUCAGUGCAAUGUAUAGAUAUAGGCAUGUGCAGCCUUUGUUAUUUGUAUAUUCAUUCAAGUAGAGUUCACACACUUUGAUGGAACUGCCACAUCUUUUCUGUGGGAUUCUGGGAGUUGUAGUUCAGCAAUAUCUGGUUGGCCCACAGCUCAGUACUUUCACGCUGUGAUUUCAGUCUACUAACUUCUGUAAUAGUUACCUGCCUUCUAUUUCACCCUCUUAUGUCCAUCAGUCCCCUGUUCCUUGUCUCUCCUCCAUCUUUGUCUCUUGCCUUAUUCUCUGAUGGAGAAUGGAGGAGGUCCAUUCUUCAUAUCUCUCUGGGCAUGAAGAUCUGGAUAAUAUGCCCUUUCCCCAACCGUCCAUGGGGCAGAAUGAAGCCUGUUCCUCCAUGCCCUGCCCUGGGGGUGUAGAGAUUGUCUUGGUAGGGGGAGGAAAACCUGCUGUUGGGGUUUUUCCUGAGGAGAGCAGAGUUCGCACAUCCUUCUCAUGCUUGGAACUUGAAGAGGACCAUAGAGAAGGUAUGCGUCUGACUCACUCUAUGGAGCCUGAUGGGAUGGCCUGUGGCCUUCUGGGAUGCCCAGAACAAGACCACCACACAACCACUUUAACCUCUCCUAAAUUCUCUCUAACCCCUGAUGACUCUCGCUCUCUGCAUCAGAUGAAUACCCAUCCACCUUCUAAUCUUGCUUCUCCCUGGGGUUUUACAGCUGCAGAUCCUCAGGAUGAGGGGGAAAGUGGAGCAGUGGAUGUAUCUUCAGAUGGGCAGUAUGUUCAGGAUAGGGGCUUUGAAUGGACUUCAGGAUUAGAAGAUGAGGCUGAAGAUCAGUCUGACCACAUGAUGGUUAGGUCAGAGCCAACACCCAUCACCAUGCCAGUAUUCAGACGAGCUCUACAGUUGGGAGGCAUGCCAGGAUCCUGGCAGGUAGAUAGCUACUCAGAAGAGGAGGCACAGGUUGAGGUGGAAGAGGAAGAAGAGGAGGAAGAGGGAUCAGUUUAUACUUGCAUAGAGUGCAGUAUCUACUUCAAGAAAAAAACUCACUUGUUGGAGCAUAUGUUUCAGCACUCACAAGAUGGGGAGGGUGAUGGGUCCCAGGCAGGGGAAGGUUCCCAUGCCUGUAGUGAAUGUGGUAAGGGUUUUGUGGAUGAGGGGAGCCUUGCAGCACAUCGACACCUUCAUCAAGAAUCAAGGCAGAAAAUUAUAGAAGAGAUAAGCAAACUGGAGAAUUUUGCAGAUGAGGGGAGAGGUGCCCGUCUGCAAUGUCCAAAAUGUCUCUUUGGCACAAACUCUUCCAAGGUUUUUGUCCAGCAUGCCAAAAGCCAUGUGAAAAAGGGGACUAAUGAUGGUCGGGGUGGUCCAACACCCAUAAGAACUCAAGUAGACACUGUAGAAGGAGGUGAAAGUUCUGAGCAGAUGAAUGAUGAGACAUGGAAGAAUUCAGAGGCAGGGUCUGACACUGGCCAAGGGUGGAGUGAGGAUAUGCCCCAGGGAAGUAUGAGUUUUCUGGGACAAGGGUUGGGUAAAGCAAAAAAGAAGACUUCAUCCAGUUGGGGUCUUAAAAGUGGGCUAUGGCGAGAGGCCGAAUGUCAUAAACCCUCAAAAAGCUCUAAAUUGCCUGAGGCUGCUGUCGUGCUUAAGCGGCAGUAUCGCACUGCUUUAAGGGCUGGUGGGGGUGGAAGGGAAGGGGAGAGGCGGCAACUAAGAGAAGAGGUCGCUAUUGUAGUAUUGGAAAACAUAAGUCCCUUCAGGAAAAAAGGGAAAGGACAUCGGGCUUGGGGUUAUGGUAAAAGACUCUCUGGGGGUAGUGAGAGGACACAAUUGCACAGUAAUGAACAUCGGUUGCCUAAAGACUCAUGGGCAGAAGAUGGAGAAGAAAGUAUUCCUUUGGAUGUUUUGUUGAUGGACCCUAAUUAUGAGGGCCAGCUUGAGGCACUUGGGCUUAGGAGUGAGGAACGGGAGUGUCCCUAUUGCCCUGACCGCUUUCACAACGGUAUAGGUCUUGCCAAUCAUGUUAGAGGCCAUCUAAACCGAGUUGGAGUCAGUUACAAUGUACGGCACUUUAUAUCAGCAGAGGAAGUCAAGGCUAUAGAGCAGAACUAUUCCUUUCAGAAGAAGCGCAAGAAAGUGGCGAACUUUGAUCCCAGUACGUUCAGCCUGAUGCGGUGUGAAUUCUGUGGUGCUGGCUUCGACACCCGUGCUGGCCUUUCCAGUCACGCCCGUGCCCAUCUGCGAGACUUUGGUAUCACCAACUGGGAGCUCACAGUUUCUCCCAUCCAUGUCCUCGCACGACUUCUUGCCCGCUCGCCUGGCCGUCCACUGCCCCAAUUCUCUUCCUGGCACCAGGACGAUGACACAGACGUGUUAGGGUCAGAAGAGGAAGAUGGCGACUCACUAGAUCUCAUCAGAUCCCAAACCCUGAAGCCGGAUUCUGGGCACGUUCUGGAGAAAAUGCCUUCUGAACAAAGUGCAGGACGAGCAGAGGACGCUAAAGUUUGUGAUUGGUACCCGCCAGGCCCAAGUCAGACCACAUGUGAAGUGUGUGGCGCUUGUUUCGAGACCCGGAAGGGCCUGUCCAGCCAUGCACGCUCCCACCUACGGCAUCUGGGGGUGGCAGAGUCGGAAAGCAGUGGGGCCCCCAUUGACCUGCUGUACGAGCUGGCUAAGCAGGGAAAAUUACCACAGGAUGAAUCCUUAUUGGGGGCCAAGAAGUCAGGAAGCCCCCGGACAGGAUCCCCAAGGGGCCAAUGGGGGGACGAGGACGGCCCCCUGAAUCUGACCUUGGACGGAGAAUCCGGAAAGGAGACAGACUGCCAGUUUUGCGGUGCCUGGUUUGAGACUCGUAAGGGCCUUUCCAGCCAUGCCCGAGCACACUUGCGCCACCUUGGAGUAAACGAUCCCGAUGCCAAAGGUUCUCCUAUUGCUGCACUGAACUCUCUGAUCAAAAGUGAAGAGUUCAAAAAGCGUCUGUCUAGUCAGGGGACGAGUGAAAAGGACUCUCUCACCAAGACUGCUGAGGAGAGCACCUCUACUGAAGCUGCCAUGAGUACGAGUCCAGCCAGCAGUGGAGCAGCUCGGGCCAAGUUGACAGACAAUGGCACUUUUACCAAGAUAGCAGAUGGUAUGGUUAAAGGUGCCGACGACCCUUCUACAACUCCUGAAAGUAUCUCACACUCCUUGAAUGCAGAAGGUAGUGGCAUGAUGGCUGCAAAUAGUGGUUCCUUAGAGACAUCCCCUUUUAAGAGCCCCAGUGGCACUUCAGCUGGUACUCAUGCCAACAUUAGUAAUGCCGGCUCCCCACAUUCCAUGGCACCUGAUGCUGGAGUUCACCAGAAGAUGGCAGAGCCCCUACAUGCUCAGGUUAAGACAGAAGCUGGACGUCCCCAAGGCAAGAUGGCGGAAGCUGGACGUCCCCAAGGCAAGAUGGCGGAAGCUGGACGUCCCCAAGGCAAGAUGGCGGAAGCUGGACGUCCCCAUGGCAGGAUGGCGGAAGCUGGACGUCCCCAUGGCAGGAUGGCGGAAGCUGGACGUCCCCAUGGCAGGAUGGCGGAAGCUGGACGUCCCCAUGGCAGGAUGGCGGAAGCUGGACGUCCCCAUGGCAAGAUGGCGGAAGCUGGACGUCCCCAUGGCAGGAUGGUGGAAGCUGGACGUCCCCAAGGGGCUCAGUCCAAAUCAUCCCUAGCGGGCCUUACUCAUGCCAGGCCAUCUGUCGGUGGCACCCCAUCUGCCAAGAAACUGAAAAUGUCUGCAGCCUGUAAGGCAAGCUCAGAAGCCUUCUGGUCACCCAACAGUUCACCUUUAAAUCUGUCCCCGGGUUCAGAGGAAGUCCGCUGCGAGUUCUGCGGCGAGUUCUUUGAGAACCGAAAGGGCCUGUCGAGCCAUGCACGAUCCCACCUGCGCCAGAUGGGGGUCACUGAGUGGCAUGUCAACGGCUCGCCCAUCGACACCUUGCGGGAAAUCUUGGCCAGAGGGACCUUUCCCAGGGCUGGCAACAGAGUUGGAGGGCCCAGCUCAGAGAAGCUUCUUGCGCUUUCUCCUCCUUCUCCAUCUUCCCCCUCAAGGCCUCUCCCUUACAGUGGGUUGUCUCCAGCCAUGCAUCGCAAGCCGCCACGGCUGCCCACCUAUACACACGACUGGUCCUCUGAACUCUCACCUCUCAACCUGUCCGCUCGAGCAGACCCGUCCCGGGAUAUCCGCUGUGAGUUUUGCAACGAGUUCUUUGAGAAUCGCAAAGGCCUGUCGAGCCACGCGCGGUCUCACCUGCGCCAGAUGGGUGUCACCGAGUGGCAUGUCAAUGGCUCUCCCAUUGAUACACUACGGGAAAUAAUUAGAAAGAGGGGCCUACCACCGCUCCCGCAUGUCACAAAUAUUAAGAAAGAGCCACGGACAAAUGAUGAGCUUACUAGUCCCUCACACACACUGUCACCCCUUAGUCUUGGGCCAUCGAGUAUGGCGCGGGAGCAUCCCGUCUCGCCUCUUACAGGGAGACCCCCCAACACAUUUUUAUCCCCAAUGUCUCCUAAAAGACCAGCAUCUCAUGAGCCUCGGUUAAGCCACUCUGAGCCAAAAAGCUAUGUCCAUUUAGAGCCAAAGCCCAGCAACCAGGCUCAAGGAAAGGUUUACCUGUCAGGUGAGGGCCGACCCAAACUCUACAUUCAGGAAGAUAACCGGCCAAAGUCAUACCUGCAAAGUGAAGGGAGGCCCAAAGCAUAUUUACAGAGCGAAGGAAGGCCUAAAAUGUUCCUUCAGAGCGAAGGAAGGGCCAAGGCCUAUGUGCAAGGAGAAGGAAGGCCUAAGCAGUUUUUGCCAGGGGAAGCCAAGGCCAGAACCUAUAAUAAAGCAUAUCUGCAUGGGGAAGGGAAACCUAAAACAUUCAUGCACGGAGAAGGCAAGUUCAAAGCCUACUUGCACAACGAGAGCAAACCAAAGCCUUACCUGCACGGAGAGGGCAAACUCAAGGCAUUUGUUCACGCGGACGGCAAGCCCAAGCCAUACUUGCAAGGAGAUGGCAAGCCUAAGGCCUACAUACAAACCGAACUGCCAUUCAAGGUCAAAGUAAAGGCGUCUCCAGACAAAACCCCCACAACGUUAGAGGCAUGCUGUGAGCUGUGUGGCCUGUACUUUGAGAACAGAAAGGCCCUUGCGAGUCAUGCACGCGCACAUUUGCGGCAGUUUGGCGUCACCGAAUGGUGCGUUAAUGGCUCUCCUAUUGAGACGCUGAGAGAAUGGAUGAAGCAAAGACCUCAGAAAGCUGGCGCCUAUCUCAGUUAUAUUCAGGGAGGACGCCCUUUCUCCAAGAAAUUUAAGCGAUCCAAUCAAAUGCCCAAAGCAGGGGCAAUGGAGGGCCCAGUGACGCCAUCUGCCAAGAUGUCCGAGGCAGAGAGGAACCAUGGCACCCCUUCAGUGGCAACAGAAAAACCAGCAGAUGGACAAAUGCAGAAGACAGAGCGGCGCCAGUCCAAGCCGCCCGAGGUUCCUCCAUCACGGGAAGAUGCAGUCAGUGAGCACCUGCCCAAGACAGAAGAAACAAGACCACCUCCAAGGCCACGGCCUGUCCCAUCCCUGGUUCCCAGGCCACCCCAGACCUCCCUAGUGAAAUUUGUGGGGAACAUAUACACAUUGAAGUGCAGGUUCUGUGACAUCCAGUUCCAGGGUCCCCUUUCCAUCCAGGAACAAUGGGUCAGACAUCUGCAGCACCACAUCCUUGAAAUGAAUUUCUCCAAGCCUCUGAAUUCUCCAGUGGUGACCUCCCCAGCACAGGCAGAGCCAGCCACCGCCGCUCAGUAGGGACCCUCCGCAAAGGGCCCAUCUAGACUGUGACUGACUGCGUCGGAGAGCCUGAUUAGUAUUAUAAGUGAUGGCAGAAGAUCUGGGCUUCAUUCAGGGUCCAUGGAACUUGGAAAGAAUAGGUUUUGGGUGGAAGGAGAGUGUUGUGAUAGUCCUGCAAAAUGCAGCCCCCCCUUUACUUUUCAGACUUUUUUUUUAAGCUAUGUUGGAAAUGGGGAUGUUGCUGAAUGGGAGAGUGAGGGUUAUGAGUUGCCCAUCUAUGUAGGGAUUAGUGCAUGGGGCAGUUGUGGGCGGUUAGGGCAGAGUUAUUUGUGCCAGUGCAGUUACAGGUGGGAGAGCCAAGAGAUUCAAGUCAUCUUAAAUGAACUGUGGGGUUAUAGUAUUUUAAUUUGGCUCGCCCUCCCACUCACCAUUAUCCAGAGGGUCACACCUUACCCAUCCUGGAUCCACAGGUUUCUAUCCACCUACCUAAUAUGUGUUAGACUGUGCUUACUCAGACUGACCUAAAGAUGGCCGACAUGGCUGCACGAGGCUAUUGGUCAGAGUUUUGGGGACAUGUGAGAAGCCGUAAGUGAUUUUAUUUGACUUUUUGAGUCAAUUAAGCGAGUGUGAUGGUCACUUGAUUUGAGCUGCAACCGGAGAGCUGCACACGCUGACACUGUGAAAUGGAAAAAACGCACUGGUCCUUUAAAGAACAAGGAACACCUGAGUGUGGGGUGCCGGCUCAUUGGGCACCCCCUGUGAUUCUUACUGCUUAUCAUGGGCAAGUGCUCCUCUGGGGAAAGAGCAUCAGCUCAAAGUAGUUGUAGGCAGGUUAAGUUGUCACCUACCAAAAAACAUAGGUUUUCCUUGUCCUUUAAAAUACACUUUCCUGGUUGCAAGCACUUUGGUUAUAAAAAUCCAGUGCCAAGUGUGGUUAUUGCACUCCCCUCAUAUAGAGCACAGAGGGCCCCUUACCCUGUAGGCUGCUGCUCUUCUACCACCGCUCAGGAUCAUGCACCAGGGCGGCCAAUUGAAAUGUUGCUUUAGUUCUACCUGCAUCUGGCUGGGCAAAGCGAUCUGAUUGUUGCCAUGGGUUACUGCAGAUUUGCCCAGCGUUGGUCAGCAGGCCCACCUGUCUGCAUUAGCUAACCUGUUGGGCCCCCAAUCCCACUUCAGCCAUCCCUUAGUGUUCCGCAUUAUUAAACUAUGGGUCACUUUUUGGGGGGAGCUAUUAUGUAUAUAAUAUAUACGUUGUAAUAUUGUGGUUGUAUAUCUUGUCACUCUCCCCCUUUUCGGGGCAACGCCUAUUUGGGGUUUUAGUCACUCAAACCUUUUUAACGGGUUCCUUCCAGGUUGCGUCAGUCUCUUCUUUUCCUUUCUUUUUAAUAAAUAGCAGCACCCCACCUUCCUUUAUAACCCCACAUCCAGUGUAGCAUUUCCAUGUCCACUCCAUUGCCCUUUGCUUUGGAAUAUUAGCUACAGUGUAGGGCCCGUCAUGGACUACUUCAGAACUCUGGGUUCCGACGGACAAGAACCCCAUUUCUGAGAUUGGGGACAUUUUUGUCUUGGAAAUCUAUAGAUCUGGAGGUGUAUUUAUUGGGGUAAUUUUAGGAUUGUUCUGCCCUCGCCCUGAAGACUGGGGUGUGUCACAUGACAUCCUCUUAUAUCCAUAUUCAGUUGUUGUUUUUUUAACCUAUGUGAAUUAUAUACAAGAGCACCUUUUAUUGCAACUUGUCUUCCACUCCAAUUCCUUUUCCUUCCCAUACAGUGGGCUUGGCAGGACACACGUGAUCUGUAUAUUGUCUGCUGUUCUAAUGUGGGGCAAAGCAAAGCCGCUUCCUGGUUCCUACUGCUCCGUGUGCACCUUCUGUAAGUGAGGGGUCAAACGUUCAUGUCAUGUUUCCUAAAUUAAUAUUGCUGUACUCCCUCAUUUAAGCAGGGGUUGUGUUCUAUUCCUCCUGUUGUCUGAUUAAAGGGUAAGUAAACCAUGGCCCUGCUGUUGAGCUCUGGGCCUGUGCCACUAGUGCAAGGACUUUACGUUUUAUUCAUAUAAAGACUGUAAAGUGACCCUGUCUGUUCUGCGUCCCCUCCCCUUACCAAUUCCCGCUACAUAACCUUGCUUUUUUUGAUUUUUACUUUGUUAAUUUCUUAUACUGAUGUGUAGCAUUCAAGUAAAGCAAUCGAUUUUUACCCCAU